AUGCUUGAGACCCAGAUUUCCCAAGUGGCACAAACCACCUCUGCACAAGUUGUACCUGGAGGACAAUUCCUUGGACAAACUCAACCCAAUCCCAAAGGCCAAGCAAAUUCUAUCACCUUAAUAAGUGGAACCGCUUAUGAAGGGCCUAAAAAUCGUAACCUAAGCACACCAGAAAAACCCAAGGAAGAUGCUGCACCCAAAGACCAGGUAGAGGAACCAGAGAAACCUGAAAAGCAAUCAAAACCAGAAGUAGGGAAUCACACACAACAACCUUACAAACCACCUCUUCCGUUCCCACAAAGGUUGAAAAACACCAAAACAGAAAACCAAUCAAUGAGAGGUAUGGCACCUGUUAAAAUGGAGCCCCAGCAUAGUGAUCAACCACUUUUGCAUCAACAGCAACAACAGCAACAACAACAGCAGCAGCAGCAACAACUCCUCCAUAUGUCAAGGCAAACUUCUCAAGCUACUGCUGCACAGAUGAAUCUUUUACAACAACAGAGACUAAUGCAAUAUCAACAACAUCAGCAGCAGCAACUCUUAAAGUCAAUGCCUCAGCAGCAGCAACUCUUAAAGUCAAUGCCUCAGCAGCAACGAUCCCAGCUACCCCAACAGUUUCAACAGCAGAAUAUGCCUAUAAGGUCUCCUGUGAAACCAACAUAUGAAUCUGGGAUGUGUGCCAGGCGGCUGACACAUUACAUGUAUCAGCAACAACAUAGACCCGAAGAUAACAACAUUGAUUUCUGGAGGAAAUUUGUCGCCGAGUACUUUGCUCCUAAUGCCAAAAAGAAGUGGUGCGUUUCCAUGUAUGGAAGUGGCAGAGAAACAGAACGGGUAAUAUCAUUUACGACUGACGCGGCCGCUUUGACGCGGCAUCGUUCUGAAUCCAAUCCCAUUAUUGUGCCCGUUCCAACCGAGUCACCCAUAUGUGAUGGAACUGCACAGCCUGAUGCAGUUUUCUUUAUUUUGCUUUUCCGUGCAGAGGUUAGUCAGCUUGGAGCAGUUGCUCAAAAAUAUCAGGCAUGCACACAAAAUGCAGCACCCAAUCUGUCCAUUCCAGAGUUGCAAAAUAAUUGCAAUUUGUUUGUUGCAUCAGCCCGUCAGCUGGCAAAAGCCUUAGAAGUUCCAUUGGUUAAUGAUUUAGGAUACACAAAGAGAUAUGUGCGGUGCCUACAAAUAUCAGAAGUGGUAAAUAGUAUGAAAGACUUGAUAGAUUAUAGCAGAGAAACAGGAACUGGACCUAUGGACAGCUUGUCCAAAUUCCCUCGGAGAACAAGUAAUUCAUCUGCACUUCAUAGUCAGGCGCAACAGUCUGAAGAUCAAUUACAGCAGCAACAACAGCAUAUGGCGUCCCAUAACUCAAAUGGUGAUCAGAACUCUGUGCAAGCUGCUGCCAUGCAAAUUCCUUCCAACAAUGGUGUGGCAAGUGUAAAUAACAAUGUCAAUUCAGCAUCUGCUUCGACUACCACAAGCACCAUUGUUGGACUUCUCCAUCAGAACUCUAUGAAUGCUAGGCAGCAAAAUUCAAUGAAAAAUGCAAGCAGUCCAUAUGGAGGUAAUUCUUCCCAUGUUCCAUCCCCAGGUUCAUGCAAUAACACAGUGCCACAAGGGCAACCAAACUCGUCCCCUUUUCAUUCACCGACACCGUCCUCAUCUAACAAUCCUCAAAAUUCUCAUCCGGGUAUACCAUCUGCAAAUCACAUGGGUGCAGCAAGCUCACCAGCUAAUAUUUCCUUGCAACAACAACAAACAUCUAUUUCCGGUGAAGCCGACCCAAGUAACGAUGCUCAGAACUCGGUCCAGAAAAUCAUUCAUGAGAUGAUGAUGUCCUCUCAGAUGAACGGAACAGGUGGAAUGGUAGGUGCUAAUUCUCUUGGAAAUGACAUGAAGAAUGUAAAUGGUAUCCUACCAGGGAGUACUAAUACUGGCCUAAACGGUGGCAAUGUCAUGAUGGGUAAUGGAGGCGUGAACAAUAAUCCUGGUGUUGGGGUUGGUGGUUAUGGCACAAUGGGUCUUGGUCCAUCUGGUUUACCCAAUGGAAUGAGGCCAGGAAUGGGAAAUAAUUCAGUCAUGAAUGGAAGAGUAGGAAUGUCAUCGAUAACUCGGGAACAGGCUAUGAAUCAUCAACAGGAUUUGUCAAGUCAACUGCUUAGUGGGUUUCAAUUUGAUUAGAGCCUUUACAAUGCCUGUAUGUGAUCACAUAGCCGAGCCUUCACUCGCCACUGAAAUUUCUUGCCUCUGAAAAACUACAGUAAAAAUGCCUACGGACGCUGGAUUAAGUAUCGCAACGUGCGUCCAAACUUAAGCAGUAUCUUUUGGAUAGAGAGUGGUUCUUAGGCAGCUUCCUGUGCAGCAUGAGGAAGCUAGAUUUGCUUUCAGAACCCUCAUGAUGAUGGCAGAAUGCAGUCGGGUAGUCAUAGGUCUUUGUACUAAUCUGUUUUUUUUCUUUCUUCUUUUACAUAUAUAAUAUAUAUAAGAAAAUGAAAAUUUGUUGGCUGGUUGUUUGGCUGA